ACCGCGAUGACGUCGUCGACGUAGCUUUUAAUGCAAAUAUAUUCAUACAUACAUCAUACAGUUAACAGCAAACAUAAUGAAUAAGUAAUUUAAUACCAACGAUAAUCAUACUUUUAUAUCCAUUUAUUUUCAAACGAUUCUACACAUGACCGACUCCGAUUUUCAUCCAAAUAAUCGUACGUAUAAAAAUAUAAAUUACGUUGUUAACAACAUAGAAAACGGUAACAAGCGUUUUGUAUUAAAAAUCCUUAUGAAUAUGAUCAACUAUCAUUAGUCAGUAUAAUCGAAUACUCGUACAUCAAAAUUAUAUCGUGUUGCUAUUAGCAAUAUCUCUAAAUUAACAUUGAAAUCGAUAUUAAUAUUUAAAAUCGAAAACAUCUGAAAGUUAAAAGCUUUUUGACAGUUGGAGUGAAUACCGUACAAGUAUUAAUAGUAGAGAAAGGUGGUUUAGCUGAUGCACAGAUCGAAUGAAGUUUCAUAGUGGGUUUUGCAGAUAAAGUAGAAAGUUGAGGUUUAGUAAUAAGAACGUUAUGGUUAAUUUGUAUUGCCGAUUUAAUGCGAGGCGAGAUCAUGUGGAGGCGCAUGGUUGUCCGAGGAACAGAAACGAUCGGUCUGAAAUGGGCAUUUGGGGUUUAGUGGAUGAUAGAACUUUGGAAAAUUUGCCGUAGCGUUGACGAGUGUGACGACGUAUGAUUCGUCGAAAAAUGGAGGUGGAUUUGCAAAUGGAAAGGUAGUAGUGGGAUACGAGAGCAGCAUUCAUGAGAGAGGAAGAGUCCAGAUAGCUGAAUAUCAUUUGGGAGAGUUCAACUGUCGUAGGAGUUACUUUUAUAUUAGACAAUCAUGAUCCGAAAGAGAAAUAUUAUCAAGACCGUGAGGGAAUUUGAUACAUUUCCAAAAGUUUCCGAUGAUUAUAGAAAGCAAUCGGCUGUGGGAGGAACAUUCUCAAUAGUCAGUGUGUGCAUUAUAAUUUAUGUUAUUUAUGCUGAAACUAAAUAUUUCUUGGAUAGUAGACUUCAAUUCAAGUUUGAACCAGAUACAGAUCAAGAUAAUCAUUUGCAGAUGAAUAUUGAUUUGACUGUAGCAAUGCCAUGUGACAGAAUUGGAGCAGAUAUUUUAGACUCAACUAAUGAACAUUCAUUGACCACAAGAAGUUUGAAUACAGAGGACACUUGGUGGGCCUUAACACCUGAUCAGCGGGAUCACUUUGAAGCUUUAAAGCACAUGAAUUCAUAUUUCAGAGAAGAGUACCAUGCCAUUCAUGAACUUCUGUGGAAAUCUAAUCAGCUAAUAUUUUCAAGUUCAAAGAUGCCACAGGGGGACUACAAGCCUGAAUAUCCAGUUCAUGCGUGUAGACUGUUUGGUAGUAUAGAUAUAAACAAAGUAGCAGGAAACCUUCAUGUGACUGCUAGUAAAUCCAUAUCUCUUCCACAAGGCCAUGUUCAUAUUUCUUUACAUAUGAGUGAUAAGGAAUACAAUUUUACGCAUAGAAUUAAUCGCUUUUCUUUUGGAAAGCCAAGCCCAGGUAUUAUUCACCCAUUGGAGGGUGAUGAAAAAAUUUCAACUCAUCAUAAAAUGAUGUACCAAUAUUUCAUUGAAAUAAUACCUACGGAUAUUGACAUGUUAAUUCACAAAUCAAAAACUUAUCAAUACAGUGUAAGAGAUCAUGAAAGACCAGUUUCCACAGCAAAAAGACAUGAACUACCCGGAAUCUACUUCAAGUAUGACAUUAGUGCACUAAAAGUUAAAGUUAGUCAGGAACGCGAUUCAAUUGGUCAAUUUCUCAUUAGAUUAAGUGCUACUGUUGGAUGUAUUUUUGUAACUAAUGGUAUUCUAAAUAAUCUUGUACAAAAAUGUUGGUACAUUGUAUGUUAUAAAUUUUUUAACAAGAGUAAUGAAGAAAAAAAAUAUAAGAAGCUUACCAUUGUUAAGAAAACGUAUAGAAAACCUGUUACAUUAAUAAACGUAAUGACUCCAAUAAGUGUUGAUAACGUCGACAUUCAACCGAAUUUCAAUUGAUUAUAAAAAAAUAGCCUUGAAUUAGAGUAUUUUUAUCAAUAAGCUUCCAAUAUAGAUUUUAUACGAAAUUUUAUAUUUAUCAACUACUUAAGGCUUUUGAUUUAUAUUUUACAUUUUAAAAGUUCUGCUGAACACAUCCGGUAGUUUCGAAGAUUUUGUGACCCACAUAGAUAGUAUUUAAUUCAAUUUUUCAAAUUUAUAAACGUAAUUUAUAUCGGUCCAUACCUUUAUUAUUACUCCUGUAAUAAUAAAGGUAUGGAUAUAUUAUACUAAAUAUCAAUGUAAAUGUAAAUAUAUACUCCGGUAAAAUUUAGAAAUAUUACAUGCAAGUGAUUUUUUUUUGUCAUAUAUUCGGGUAACAGUCUUGCCAUACUAUUUAUUAUAUUGUUUAUUAAAAUUAUUGAAAUAUCUAUUUUACAACCAUAAUGAAAGUGCACUAGGUAUUAUUAAAAAUAAAAGUGGAUAUUUGUAAAUAUGGAAGGUAAGUAUGUAAGUGAAAAAGAAGUUAAAGAUUUUAUGUCCAUAAUAUAUAUUUUACAUUAUUCUGUGAUUGUACAAGUUAUAAACAUUAAGGCAACGUCAAGCUGUACUUUUUUCAAUUGAAAACUGCAAAGCAGUUAAUAAAGAUUUUCUAUUGAUUAAUCAAGUUCACCUUUGUAUUAUUACUUUGAUUAAGACACGAAUUUUACCAUACUGUUUCUUCUUCUAUCUCCUAAUGAGCUAAAUAAUAGUACAUCAUUACGAACACGUUCAUUGCACCACAUGUUGAUGGCAGUGGCUUGUAACAUUCCACAGAAGUCUUCAUAGCAAAAAAAAAAUAUGUAUAAGCGUAUUUUACAAGAUUAUACAGAUUGUAUUGACAUUACACAAAGAAGUCUGCAAGUAAAAAUCUAGGAAAAAAGAGAAUAAUUAGUGAUUCUCUUGCACCUUCAAAAGACAAAAAAGAAAGAAAAACGUAAACUUAAUGAUUCCUCUAGCGCACAUCACAAUUGAAAUAUACCUCAAAUCUAAUUUUUUAUUUCUUAAUCUUCUUAAAAAACAUAAGAAUUUUUAUAAUUUGCAAUUGUGACAGUUGAUCAUGUAAGACAUUGUUUACCGUAAAAAAUUACAUUUUUCAUUUUGGAAAUUGAUAGUUUUCUCUUUUUAGGAUUCAAUGUUUUACAAAAAUCAAAUGUCUCCAUUUUUUCAAAGAUUAUAAUGGACGCAAGGAAUUAAGGCUCCGUUAUUUCUAACUUGUGAUUUUCAGGCCUCAAGCAUAACAAGAAUAGAAUGCUUAACACCGCUUACUAU